CGACCAUCUCUUCACCUUCAAUGGCACCUGAUACUUUGUUUUGAUGCUCACCUGAACACCCGCGCCAUGCGCUCGCUUAUUAUCUCUGGAUAUGUCUGACUGGGACUCAGUCAAUGACGUCGAUUCUCGAUUGACACUCCUAGCACGAACUGCCAUCCAUCGUACAAAUCGUCUGCAAUUGUAGCAAUUGCUUGAAAAUUGGACUUGGUAAGGAGGCACGCGAGAUGCGGCUUCCUCCCGAAACCCCAGUCGAGUGUCAAGCCAGUCGGGUGGCCCCAGUUUCUCCGUUAGUGGCGCAGCUUCAUUGGACUGAAGGGCUUGACGGGCGAUGGCACCUGCAUACAACGGCCACCCACACUACUCAGCCAUGACUCUGCCCUGGGAGUAGACCAGGCCUGGUGAGGCUGAGUUUUGCGCAAAGCGCUGCCGCCUGCUGGAGCCCUCCCCCCUACCCCCUCGUCAGCAGCCCUCUCUCUAAUUCUCGAAUUGCUAUCGCAUCUGACUGUUUCUCCCAUCUUCCCUGUUCUUGUCCAUUUCUCUUCACAAUUUGGGGCCAUGACCAUCUGAGCACGCGGGGGAGUCCUGACAGUGGUCUCGGGAAGCGCAUUUGUUCCAUAUCGACCAUUUGUUCCUCGUGUUCCUUUGGCAUUUUGUCAUCUGCAGGCCAAGUUAGAUCGCACCAAAAGCUGUUAUUUCCCCUGAGUUCGUGUCGUUUUAAUAGUUGGCCAGCGUCGCUUUUUUUCCCCGGUCUGCACAAACCUUGUUUCGCACAAUUUCGCUCUACUUACUGGAUGGGCCCGCGCAUCGCAACGCAUCGCAUCUGGAAUCCGUCUCGUUUUUUGCGUGCCACUCUGUUCGGACCACGCACAUUUCAUUUCACUACACCCACUUACCUACCCCAUACCGCUUAAAGCUACUUGUUGGAUUUGUGACAAGAAGAGUUAGUGUGGUUGAUUUCUCGUUGGCGAUAUUUAGCCGUCAUACCACGCACGUACGAGUCGAGUCAUCCAUCGGCUGCGUGCCUUAUUUUCCGUUCGUCCACAACGGUUGGACCCGUUGGUCACAGUCGCACUGUCGCCACUCACAGUCCAGGAUCUGCUUUGUAUUACACCCUUCUUUGUCCAAGCAUCCGAUCCUCUGCCUGUUCUCGAGCAGUGUGCGGGGCUUGCUCGUCGUUUUCUGAGGGGCCUUAAACGGCGGCGGGGCUUGGCCAGCUUCCGCUCGCGGCCGCUGGAAGCCAUGGCCGCUGGCGGGGACCCGGCCGGCGCAUCCGACCCGACGCAAUCCUUCACCGAGAAGACGGAGCCUUUUUCUCAGUCGGAGUUCGAUGCGCGCAUGCAAAGCAUGAGAGUGCAGCAGGAUGAAUCCUUUCGGUCGCAAGAUUCCAGCCUAGUACACCUUGACGAGCUGGUAGUACCACCGGACAAGGACAUACGAACUCUUGUGCGCCCGCUCAGAGCUCGGUCGGUAUCACCCGGAAAUUUGGACAACUGCGAAUGGCUUGCACUUCACGCCGAAGUCGCGUCGCCCGAGGGCGUUGACAAACCCCAACACAGGGUCAUGGCCGUGACUCAAACCUCCAGGGACAUCAAGUUCUCUGUUAGGAUCCCGGGCAGUAGUCCAGGCUUGUACGGUUGCCAACAAGGAGAUGAAGCAUCCGCGCCUACGCUAUGGUGUGAACUCUAUUACGACCCGCGCAGCGAUAACCAGAUUCUUCGCAACAAGUCCGAUAUUCCUAUUUCAUUGACACGAGUGUCGCAGCUUCCGCCCGCUAGCCCAGGAAUAGAGUACCUCGUCUUGCCCGAAGACGUGAGGGCUCUGCCCCCAGGCACCUGGAGAAUUGGGGUCGAAGAUGUUGAUGUGCUGGACUUUAGGAUUCUUGAAAAGAGGCCCGCUACUCUCCGUCUCCCGUCAUUAUCGUCGUCCGGGUCAUCUCUCAGCGAGAUGAUCAACUCUUCCGGCAAGCGAUCCCUGAACGAGGACGAAGAGACACCGCUUGGGCCGGAAGCGAGGCGCAUUCGAGCCAACCCGACAUCUCCAAAGAACCAGGACGGAGUUAUCGAAUUUCUCCCAUCCAAGGCCGAUAAACUCGUAUUCCCGCUUCCCGCUGCUUCAAGCAGACGAGAGUUGAUUCCUUUCGACGGCCACCCGUUGUUGGACAUAGAAGAGGGUGACACGGUCGACAUUCCUGGUGGCUGCGAGUUGGAUACGUAUCAAAUCACAAAAAUGGAUCCCAUCGCAUCGACAGCACUUUCCAGCGUUUUCAGAGGCGUGGUCGACGAUCAUCCAGAUGUCCCAGGGGAUUCCGUGAUCACGGUGAAAGUGCUCAAGACCCGUCCGCCGCCGUCACCGAACGGACAGGUACGGCCACAAGACAACGAGAGGACCCUGAUCCGUCAGGCAGACAUAUGGCAGCGCGAGUUUCAAGCUCAGGAACCCCUUCACCAUCCAAAGAUCCCCAAGCUCUACGGCGGUGACGCGCGCUUCCUUUCAUUGUACAUGGAGCACGUGCCAGCACCUGAUUUACAGCAAAAAGGGAAAUGGCGUGGAUUGAACAACGAUUUCUUCGUCGGUACCCGCGAUGAUGCCCGACAAAUUUUGAUCGAUAUUGGUCGGGCGCUCAAUUACAUGCACUCUCGAAACCGCACCCACAAUGAUGUCAAGCCAGCAAACAUACUCUACUCGCGAGAACGUGGAGCUGUGCUGAUUGACAUGGGGCUAUCGACACCAACACGAAGCCCGGGCAACGCAGCCGGUACACCCUACUACGUUCCACCCGAAUUCCUAGGGCAGAAGCUUCGUGGCCCUGCCGGUGAUGUCUGGGCUCUUGGCGUCACCAUGUUGUACGCUCUGAAAAAACUUCCACUGCCCGAUUCCCGCGGGAGUGUAAGGCCCAAUCAGAGGCCUCUGCACUGGCAGAUUGCCGACCUGAACAGGCCUCAAGGCGCACGCCAAAUCCUUCCAGCCCAAGUCGGCAGAGGUCCACCCAUGCAACAACAACACCAACAGCCAAUGAAUGCGGUUGCAAAGAUGCAGUGCUGGUUAGGCGAGGUCAACGAGGCAAAGGAGCGGCUGAACACCGACGAUGUUGUGGAGCUCUUGGUCGCCAAGAUGCUGGUUCCCAACCCGGCACAACGUAUCACUAUGAGGAAGCUCAUUGCAGACCUCUAUGCUGAGCAACAACAACGACAGAGCGAAGCUGGCUCCAAAUGAAGGAAUGGACAUUCGAUGGAUGAUUCAAACGAGAUAUAGAAAUGGCUUUUUACUGUUUGGCUUAACUUGCAUCUGCGGCCCCUGAGGGGUGAUUCAAUUGCUUCCAUUUCAUACGCGUUUCUCUUUUGCGCAUAUACCUAUUUGCUACAGGCGGACGACUGUUUCUGCGGGCGACAUAUAUAUUUUCUGGAUUUUCUUGGGGUUUCAAAUCCUUUCUCAUACCAUCCUUGUCUUCGGGAUGGAUUGCAUUUCACGAUUUCUCCUGCUGUUGUUUCUCUGCUCCAAACACGCGCAUCCUUCUCAUCUCAUAACCACACCACACCAUACGUACCUAUAUUAUUUUUCUACUCCUCACACCAAACCUGUACGCAUUAAGCAUAAUAUCACACACCCUUGCAUCACUCAAUUUGUCUGGCUUUUGGCAGUCUCCUACUGUUUCCUAUUGUGAAGAUGGAAGUAAAAGCAGUUCUCCUUCUUGCUUACAACCGUCCCCCAAGGCUUCGCUAUGUACAAUGCAAGAACAAGAGCAAUUAGUCUAUGUGAAACAGGGCUGAGCUCUGUAGAAUUAAAUUAAAACGUCAACUGCUG